UUCAGUCAGUUUAAUGAAUGCAUUCCUCAUAACGUCUACAUGCUGUUUUAUCAGGCUGGCAACCAUUGCUGGUUGUGUGGGAAGAACUGCAACAGUGAUAAGCAGUGGCAGCAGCAUAUCACCUCCGAGAAGCACAAAGAACGAGUGUUCAACUCUGAAGACGAUCAGAACUGCUGGCAGUAUCGCUUCCCCACAGGAACCUUCAGAGUUUGCGAGCGGUUCCUCAUGGGCACCUGCACGGAGGAGGAGCUUUGUAAGCUGGCACAUGGAGACGAGGAGCUGAAGGAAUGGAGGGACCGAAGAGAAUUCCUUUUGAUGAAACUUGCCAAAGCUAGAAAAGAUCACUUGAUAGCGCCAAAUGAUAAUGACUUUGGCAAAUAUAGUUUUCUGCUUAAAGAUAUUAAGUAAUGUUUUAAUGAAUCUGUUAAAGCAGGUUGUUCUGGAACUAUGAUGUCUUGAGUUCAGUAUUGAAGAGAGGCGAGCGUGGUGUGGCUCUCUGGAGGAGGAGGACAUCCACCUCCUGGGUUUUCACCGAAAGCACAGAGCUGGCCUUGUGUUCAGAGUAAUCACAGCUUUGUUGCUUUUAUCACCGGUUAGAAAUAUACGCGCCAUCGCCUUUUAUGUUUCUUUUAUUAAAUAGCAAACAGCGAUCAUCUUUCAGGAACUGGCUUUUGCUCGUCAAACCCAAAGCUGAAGUGCAGUAUACGUAUGGCAAGAAAUAGCGCAUCUGAGAUUCCCGUGCCAUUCCCACCUUUUUUUUUUUUUUUUCUUUUCUUAACUGGGAUUUGUUUUGGAAUGUUGGGUCCUGAAUCUCUGUUGUUCUACAUCCACAGCGAAUUACUAUGUUGUGUGCUUGCUGUGUUAAUGCCUGUUGGUGUUAUAUAUGGACCUACGUAAACACAAUAAAGUAGUCUUCUUUUCAGUUUCCAUAAUUGCUGAAAGCAGAGCUCUAGGGUAUUACUGCCACCUCAGUGUAUUAAUGAAAAUUAAAAAGUGGAGGUGGCAUGUUGUUGGCGAAUUAUGUCAAGACAUGCUUGAUCCACUAGGGGGAGAGGGAAGACCUGCCAGCUGCAUCUCUGUAUUUUAAUAAAUGCUUUGUGUUGGAGA